GGUUUGCCGACCGCCAAUAAGCUCUAUUGAAGAGGAAGGUGUUUUACUGCUCACUGCGCAUGCGCGACUCCUGUAGCCUGCCGACAACCCUUUUUAGCUGCAAGGUGAGUUCUGAUUUUGUGAAAAUUUAACCCAACCCUUACAACAAAUGACUUAACAGUUGUGUAUUUCUAAAAAGAAUAAGUCUGUUGUCUUAUGUAGAGAUUUUUGAGGUGCUAUUUUCGGUAAAAUGUGUCGUUUGACUUACAUAAUCCCUGCUGUUUACAGUAGGAGCUGUUUAGCUAGCAGCAAGUUUGAUGCGUUUAGCACUUAUUGUGAUCAAAACACUCAAACCACACAUCAAUCGUAUCAGAGCGGUCUUUUUCAGGCUUUAUGGAGUUGUUCCCGACUGCAGUAAAUUCUUGACAUCCUUCAUAAUCAUGUAUUUACCAUAUUCCUCUUUUAAAUCUAAUUUCAUGUACAUUCAACCCUGUUAAAACAGCAUUGUUUACUACAAUUUUAAGUCCAAAACAACCAUGAAGUCCUUUUAAGGUUGGGUUAUUGCUCCUUAGAGCCUGUCAUUAGAUAAAGGAUGAUAUAAUGUGUUUUUAUUGUCUCCUUAUCUGAUCACAGGGGGUCUCCUGCCACAGUCUCUGAUGCUGCCGGCUGUCCUUCGCUGUGCCCGACCCAUCCCAGCCAUUCCUGCCUUAAGCCGGCCUCUGGCCCACUUCAGACCACACAUGGACCCAGACCCGAGCCGGCCCGUCGAGAGAGCCAUCAGAACCAAACUGACGGACUCACUCAAACCGGAUCACUUAGAGGUACACAAUGAAAGCCACAUGCACGCGGUGCCCCCCGGCUCUGAAUCCCAUUUCCGUGUUUUGGUUGUCAGCUCUCUGUUUGAGGGUCUGCCGUUAAUAAAGCGCCACCGUCUGGUAAAUGAAGCUCUGAAAGACGAGUUAAGUACUUGUGUUCAUGCGCUGGCCAUCCAGGCAAAGACUCCUGAGCAGUGGGGGAGUAACCCCGCUCUGGUCAAGAGCCCACCCUGCAUGGGAGGUUCGAGGGGAGAUCACACAGUGGAGGAGAAACUGAAGGGCGGGAGGGAGUGAAGGUUGACCUGUGGAGCCGUUCUUGCUGUCAGACUGAACUCUAAAGACUGCAGGUGAAUGUUGUUGAAGGGAGAAACACAGAAGAAAAAAUAAAAGGCGAUUUUUACGAUUCCUCAGAGUUACAGUGGACCUGUUUUCAGUUUUUCAAUUCAUGCUUCCUUAGCUCAGCCACAGUGAGAAUUCUGUGGCAGAUUUCCUCACAGAAAUGAGGUUUUGUUGUCAUUCUAUCAUAAUAAAACAUCAUAUAAACUUGAAACCAGCAGUGUGUUUAAGGGUGUCAAAUAAAUGAUGUAACUGUUUUAAACAUAGAAGCAGGGUUAACACAUCCACAUUCAAAACAUGAGAAAUAAAUCCCUCCUGCUUUGUGUGAAAGGUAUGUUUGCAUGUUUCCUCAUACAAAAAUUCAGGGAAAUGUUGACUGCUGUUACCAUACAUGUGUUGACAUAGUUACCAUACAAAUCUAUCCCCCCCAAAAUGUAUGCAUGCUAAAGAUAACCAGAUGACCUUCAAUAUAAAUGUGUACAUAUGUCCACA